GAAAACGGAGAGAGCAAUCGAAAGGCAGUCGAUCUACUUAUUGAUACAAUCAUCAGGAUCUGGCCACAUCCAAACGGUUGGUUCAGGGAGUUUGAGGAUGCACUGUCAGCUGGGGUUUGUAAACAUGCAGCCAUCUACAUGGAGGAUAGUCCUCCAAGUCCAUCUCUGGAGGCAGAGAAUGACAAUUGUGUCAGACUUAUUGAACUUCUUUUGAGGGUGAAGACUACUGAUGCCUGUUUUGCGGAAGAUAUUCUAUUCCCAGAGGACCGUGAAAUUGUAUGUGUGUAGACUGUAUUAGUGCCAUAUGGGACAUUGUCCAUAGCCUAAACUCCUAUAAAAUCAGAUUGUUGAUGAUCAGUAGACCUAAAUGUAAACUGUAGAUAUAUUUAUGUAAUGCAUCUCUGGACCAGAUGAGGGCAGACUAAUGCCACUAACUUCACUGCAGCUAUUGAUAGGGUAUGGAUUUAUUAUGUGAGUACAUUUUUUGUCAUGCAUUAGCCUGUAUUUUAACAAUUAUAUUUAUGUUCUAGAUAUUAGCUGAAUAUCAAAACAGAAGAAAUAUAUGUGGGGCUCGGGAACUUCUCAGGAGUUCUCCAUCUUCUUGAAGGUGUUACAGGACACUGAACACCCUGACCUGUUUAAAGAACUGAUAGGGAAUACACCUGUUGAUUACUUGAUAGGUAAGGAUUCAUAUAUUCCCCUAUUAUUGCCCUUCAUGCUAGCCUAAACCAUGCUCCUUUGAACUUGAACAGAUCUUGUGAGGAAUAGUAGCCAGUAGAUUCUGACCCUACCGUUACGCUUGUUUACACUGAGUUAGACUGGGGUCAGAACACAAUCAUGGUUAAAUUAAGACACUGUGGAGCCGGCGCGAGAUAUGGGUCAGAAAACGUACCUCAAUGCAGGGAUGGGAUAUGCCACUGUACUCCAAAUGUUACCUUUAUCCACACUGAUACAUCGAGAAGUUUUCCCGGAAAGCUUUUCAUCCUAGCUAGCAGUAGCCACUGCAGCCUUUUUGGAAUGGCAGUGUCAGCCAAUCAGCUCCUUUAUUGUUCAACGCGACAUGCCAUACCAUAAUGGCUGCUGUGGCUACUGUUAGCUACGCAGCAUGAGGACGAAAAGGUCUGUUUUCUGGGAAAACUAGUAGUAUUUCAAUCUUCUCUAUGUAUCAGUGUGGAUAAAGGUAGAAUUUGGAGAACAGUGGCAUAUCCCAUCCCUGCAGUGACAUUUUCCGACCCAUAUCUCGCGCAGGCUCAACUGUAACCAUUAUUGCGUUAAGACCCCAGUGUAGGUCAGUCUAAACAAGCGUAAUGGUAGGGUUGUAAUCUGCUAGCUAUGAGGAAUAGUAGCUGUGAAUAAGUUGUAAAUGUUGAUUAGCCUAUCCAUGUCUUUUUCUCAUCAUGAUAUAAUUUAUAUUAUAAACCGGGUAGUUUGAAUACUGGAUGCUGAUUGGCUAAAACAGCAUUUAGCCCUGUGUAUGUGAGACCAUAUACCAUGACUAUGACAUUUAGCCUUUUCACCUUGAUAUCAUUGCGCCUUUUUACCUUGAUAAAAUGGCUACAUCAACAAUAGUUCAACAUGCCGAUGUAGAAAAUAUUUGUUUAGAUGAACGAAAAGAACAUUGUGUAACAAACAAAGUGGGCACUUACCUGCUUCACUGACUGGUGUGCAGAAAAAGGGAUACAUUGUGAGUUUGGGAAUACAACAAAAAUUGAGCUGAAUGUCAUUCUAUGGGACUUUUAUGGUUCAGUUAGAAACAUGAAUGGCAACGAAUUAGGUGGUGUAAAAUACUUUAAAGUACUACUUAAAUCGUUUUUUUGGGUAUCUGUACUUUACUGUACUAUUUAUAUUUUUACUUCACUACAUUCCUAAAGAAAAUUAUGUACUUUUUCAUCCAUACAUUUUCCAUGACACCCAAACGUGCUUGUUCCAUUUUGAAUGCUUAGCAGGACAGAAAAUUGUCAAAUUCCCACACUUAUCAAGAGAACAUCCCUGGUCAUCCCUACUGCCUCUGAUCUGGCGGACUCACUAAACACAAAAUGUCUGAGUGUUGGAGUAUGAUACGUAAAUAAAAUAAAAACAAGAAAAUUGUGCCGUCUGGUUUGCUUAAUAUAAGGAAUUUUUUAUUAUUCGUACUUUCACAUUUACUUGAGUCAUUUUCUAUUAAUGUAUCUUUUACUUUUACUCAAGUAUGAUAAUUGGGUACCCCCCUCCUCAGUUUGGCAUGGAAUACACAGAAGGACACUGAAUUCACAAUGAACAACAAUGUGUCUGUCGGCGUAAUUAAAAAGUUGAGGAAAGAGGGGCGCGACAAAGCUGCCCACCAGUGAAUGGAUACAUAUGGUAUGUAACUGUUACCUAGCUAUUUAAAUCAUUCUAAUGUACCCUGACAAUAUAACCUGUUGCUAUGUAGACCUAACUAUUAGCUAACGUUAUUUUGUCUUAUAUGUUUCAGGUACACAAAAGAGCCGAUUGGAG